CCUGCUGCACUUUCGGCUCUCACCCCGCAGCAUGCCCCUGCCACGCGCGGCGGCUGGGCCCGCAGCCCACACAGCGGGGAAGGGACACUGAGGCUGGGAAGGACACUCAUCGGUCACCCGGGUUUAGCCAUGGCAGUGGUAGCCAGGAACGGCAGGGCGACGGCCUCCCCGCUCACCAGUAGCCCCGUGGGCAUCACCACCACGGCUCGGCCGGGCUCCCUGGGCGGCUGGCUUAGCCGGAUCCCAUUACCCAAAUGGGCGCUCAUCGCCGUGGCUGUGGCAGUGGCCCUUCUCCUCCUCCUCUUCCUCAUCUGCAUCAUCAGGUGUUGCUGUUGCAAGAAGAAGCCCAAGAAGAAGGAGAGGGUCAGCUUGCACGCCGUCAGCAACUCCACCAUGGCCAGCCUCGUCCAGCCUGAGAUGGAGGACCUGGAGCGGGCUGCGGAGCAGACGGGGCGAGGAAAGCUGCAGUACUCCCUGGAGUACAAUUUCCGCGCACAGGAGCUGAAAGUCGGCGUGAAGCAGGCAGCCGAGCUGAAGGCCAUGGACAGUGGAGGCACAUCAGAUCCGUAUGUGAUCAUUUACCUAACAUCCGAUAUGAAGAAGAGGUACGAGACCAAGGUUUACCGCAAGACCCUGAACCCUGUCUUCAACGAGAGCUUCACUUUUCAGGUACCCCAGGCGGAGGUGCCUGAAUCCACGCUGGUGAUGCAGAUCUAUGACUUCAACCGCUUUUCCAAGCACGACAUCAUCGGCGAGGUCCGGCUGCCCCUGGCCACCGUCAACCUGCAGCACGUCAUCGAGCAGUGGAGUGACCUGGUGGCGGCCAGCAAAGUGGAGGAAGAGCAGUUGGGCGAGAUCUGCUUCUCGCUGCGCUACGUCCCCAGCACCAGCAAGCUGACGGUGCUCAUCCUGGAAGCCAAGAAGCUGAAGCGGAUGGACUCCCAUGGGCUCUCAGAUCCUUUUGUCAAGGUGCAUCUCAUUCUGAACAGGAAGAAAUGGAAGAAGAAGAAGACAAGUGUGAAGAAAAACACCUUAAGCCCUUACUUCAACGAGGUGUUUGUUUUUGAGGUGCCUUUCAAUCAGAUCCAGAAUGUGGACGUGGUCAUCUCCGUCUGGGACCACGACAAAGUGACCAAGAAUGAGCCCAUCGGCAAACUCUUCCUGGGCUGCCGAGCCACGGGCAAGCAGUUGCGGCACUGGUCCGACAUGCUGUCCAACCCACGCCGGCCCCUCGCCCAGUGGCACAGCCUGCAGCCCCCCGAAGUGGUCGACAAAGCCCUGGGGCUGAAGUCCCACCUUAAGCUGCCCCUGCCCUCCAGAUAGUGGGGGGGUCUCCUCCUCCACCCAGGGGCAGGACGGAGGGCUUGCGGGCAGGUCAGGGGCUUCUGCUCAGCACCAUCUAGACGAGUUGGUCCCAGCUCCGUGUCAACAAAGAGGGGACUGGGGGGCUCUUUGUUGGCCAAGUGAUGAUCUGGCUGCUUGGUGCAGCUCAUGCCCUGUGUAAUGCCCGGCGCGGGGCAGCUCGGCACCCCAGGGCAAGGCUGGAUGGGGAGCAGAGGAUGCUACAGGGGAAGGCAUGGACACAGAAACCGGCUCAUCCCGGUCGCUCGCAGGCCUGGGGUACAAAUACACAGAGCUCCAAGCUCAUGCAAAAACA